AUGGAAAGAUGGGUAUUUAAAUGGCUUAAGGGAACUUUGACAGAGAAGGGACACAAAUCACCCAAAAGCGUAGAAGAAAGAGUUCCGUCUGAAGGAGAAAUGGUAUUAGUAAAAGGAACGGAAGCUCCUCGAGGCACUUGGAAGUUAGCAAAAAUCAAAAAACUCAAUAUCAGUGCUGAUGGUCGAGUGAGAAGUGUCCAAAUAGAAAUACCGAAGGGAAAACUUUUGAAUAGACCGACCAAACCGAAGAGGAAAAACAACCUAGAGCUACGCGAACCCGAAAUGCUACAAGGCGACAACAAGAUCAAAGCAGACCCCACAAAGCGCCUAGAAGAUCAACCAAUACCAUUAGUAGAGGAAGAACCGAUUGCUCCACGAACAGGAAGUGCGGUAAGGCAGACUUCUCCUCUCGAUAAUUUCAAUGUUCCUUAG